UUCUUUUGUUUAUAUUUCACAACCGAAUUAAAGUUUAUAUUUGCAAUCCUCGAAAUUAUCAAUAUAACUACUUAAAUAAUGGCUGACACAAUGAUCAAUCCGGUAAUAACUCGACAAAUGGUGCAUGUCCUGCCAAGUGUAAUAGCCGAUAGGAUAACACUGCCCGAUAUUAUUGACGAUGCAAUCAAAACACCAACGGAAGCUAUGAACUCCGAUGAAAAAUCGACUGAAGCUGAGGAGGAAGAUAAUGCAGACGAAUCGGAAAUGGGUUCUGAAUUCGAAAAGGAGGAGCAAUCUGAGGAGCCCAAAGAAGUGGAAGUUAAGUACGCGUGGAAUGCACCCUGCAUGAUGGUUAUUUUCGAGGAUGGCGAUCUCAAUUGUGCCCUGCAUCAUCUUGUUGAAUCUCUACAGGAUCCCUUUGCCUUGGAUGCGGUGGGCGUGAUUUUGGUCCAAGAAUCUCUAGUCGAAGAAAUGGAAAAACGAGUUCAAAUCCUAAUGAAUCCCUUGGAUGCCAGGGUGGCCAAUCAUCCGUGCUACAAGCGCACCCUGCUAAAGAUAGCCGAACUUAGGCCGAAAACUAUAAUAGGACCUCCAGAUCGUGUGCUGCCCGAUGCCACGCCCAUGCUGGUGCGGGACAUACCGCAAAAAUUUCUUGGCGAAGGACCCACGGGCAUUAUAACCAUGCACAUUUUUCGUACGCCCCUUGAAGCCACUCAGAUAUAUAGAAAAGAAUAUCCCCUGCCAAUCGCAUCGGUUAGUAUAUGGAAUGAGCGGGUUGCGAGUGUUUAUGAUGUGAUUGGCAUGAUGAACCUACUCGAUACAUUUAAGGUCAACUGUUUUACAGUCGAUAUGGAGCCCAUUAAACGGGCAUUCGAGCUGAGGAAAUAUAGUGCUUGUGUGCAUCGGGGUUAUCACUAUGAAACGCUGCCCAUAAAUGGUGAGAGAAAGAUUAUCAUAUACCCAGUUGGAACUAUAUUUGGUAAUUGAAGUGAAAGCUAGACAAGUAAAAUAAUAUACAAAGACGCAUUGGCACUUA